AUGGCGUUACCAACGCUCGUGGGUCCUUUUGUGAAACAAGGUUAAGUUCCGACCUCCCGCUUGGAUUUAAACAAUUUAAUGCAACAAUUUAAUUAAUUGUAAAAAAAACUUAAUUAUGGCGGGAGGAAAAAAUAGUCAAACUGGAUUUCAACCGGAUUCUGAUGUUCAUAUUACCUAUGAAGAGCAACAAAAAAUUAAUAAAUUCGCCAGGCAAAACGCGAAGUUAGAAGAUUAUAAAGAAGAACUUAGAGUAAAACAGAACGAAUUGAAGAAUUUGGAGGAUGCUUCCGAUGAACUGGCUCUUAUGGAUGACGAUGUAAAAAUACCUUAUUAUAUUGGAGAAGUAUUUGUCUAUCAUUGUCUUGAAAAGACACAGAAUUCUUUGGAGGAAGCUAAAACUAAGAAAAAAGAAGAGAUUGUGAAAUUAGAAAACAAAUGUGCAGAUUUGAAAACCAUCAUGAGUGAAUUAAAAACACAAUUGUACGCAAAGUUUGGUAGCCGUAUUAACUUGGAAUCUGAAGAAUCAGAAUAAUAUUUUUUUUUCAUUUUUCUUUUUUCUUCUUUCACAUGUUUACAACCAUUAUGUAUUGAAAAUUUUAUAUUAUUCGCCGAUAAAAUUUUGUUCAUUUAAAUUAUAGUUAAUAAAUAAUAUGUACAUACAGUCACAUAUUUAUGAAGUGCUAAUAUAUUAACUGUUUGAGUAUCGCGAUGCGAUUAGUUUCUGCCAGUGUACUGUUAACUGUACAAUUACAAACAGAAUUUAUUUCUUUUGCUUGAAACUUUUGCUUUCUAAUUAUAAUAAUUCUUGAUAUAAUAUCCAUAUAAAAUAUGAAUAAAAAAUCAGAAUGAUCAUGCCGCUUGACACUUUUCGGCCAUAUUUAUCACAAAUAGCUAUGGUACUCGGGCAAUUAAUAUGAAUUCCCGAAAUGCUUUACCUAAAUACCUCAUAUGUUUACUUGCAACCAUAUGUUUCAUAAAAAUUAGUUUUGACAAACUUGUAUACCAAGUAAUCUUGGCCUUGUAAAAUUUUUCCUAUCAAAGCUAAUCCUAAUUUCUUCACAAAAUGAGUUACCACAAUUACCUUUCACUUAUAAAUCGAUAUCUCGUAAUGUAAUAAAAAAUAAAAAUAAAAUAUAU